CAGGACAAAAAAUGAAAUUGGAAGUUGCAUUACUUCUCUUUGGGAUGCUAUGCUUCGACAUUGUACCUUUAAAAAAAGUAGGUGCCAGAAAAGCUGCUUGCCACGACCCACUCUUUGGGAACUGCUUUGGCAUCCUUCACAACUGUCCACCAGGUUGUCCUAAUCUAUGUGAGGUAGAUUGCAGGAUCUGCAAACCUUUCUGCGCUUGUGAUAGGCCAGGAGCCGUUUGCCAGGACCCAUGGUUCAUUGGGGGCGAUGGCAUCAUGUUUUAUUUUCAUGGCAAGAAAGACAAGGAAUUUUGCUUGGUCUCUGAUUUCAAUGUUCAUAUCAAUGCUCAUUUUAUUGGCAAGAGGAGCAGAAAGGGAAGAGACUUCACCUGGGUCCAGUCCAUUGGUAUCUUGUUCGGUUCUCAUCAGCUCUAUAUUGGCGCAGAAAGGGUUGCCAAGUGGAGAGCAUCAGUUGACAACAUGCUGAUCAAAUUAGAUGGAAAAGAUGUCCUGGUGCCCGCCGGUGAAGGCCAAACAUGGGUGGCACCGGAAGCAGGAUUAAAGAUACAAAGGCAGGCAGAGACCAAAAAGGUGAGGCUCAGAGUCGAAGGGUUGCUUGAGAUAACGGCACGCGUGGUUCCAAUCACUUCAGAAGAAUCAAGGGUGCAUGGAUACGAUGUGACAGAGGAUGACUGUUUUGCGCAUUUGGAGCUGAACUUCAAGUUUGAUUGUUUGAGCACAAUGGUGAACGGAGUUUUGGGACAGACAUACAGGUCAAACUACCAAAGCAGAGUAAAAUUGUCGGUUGCCAUGCCGAUCAUGGGACGGGCAGAUAAGUUUGCCACUUCUCAUCUCUUUGCCACAGAUUGUGCAGUUUCCAACUUUGGUUUGAAGGCGAAGACGCUUGGGAGUGGAGAACCAUUGAGCUUUGAAUGUGGAGGUGGAUCCGGAGGGAAAGGGAUAGCUUGCAGAAGGUAGAGUAAACAAGAAGGGAAGGCUCAUUUAGUUGUAGCAAUAAGAUCAUGGGUAUUACUUGUCUGCUUAAGAAUCGGAAGAAUGUUUGAAC